CCGCAGACAUGCUCCUGGUGGACAGGAUACAUAGGGUGUCAAAACCCAAAAACCUGCCAGACUCCAUACCACGCGACGUAUUGCUGAGGACCCACUACUUCCAUAUCAAGGAGCUGGUCCUCCGCUCUCACCGGAACAGAGAGGGCCCCCAUGAUGAUUUCCCAUCGGUGCGCAUUAUGGCGGACCUGUCGCCAGCCACACUCCGACGCAGAAGGGAUUACAUUCAGACCACCACAGCACUCCGCAACCAUGGGAUUCGAUAUCGGUGGGGGUUUCCCACGAAACUAAUACUCACCAAAAGCGGGAAGACGUCCAUCAUAUCAUCCCCAGAAGAAGGAUUACAGCUUAUCGAGACAUGGGGCCUACUAAAAGAACCACCGGAAGAACCGCGGCAUGACAAACGCCGCCCAGGCCGCAAUGCAGCCAUGAACUGA